CCGCGACAGGUCUGGAAGUGCGAGGAGGAGGCAGGAAAACGGUGGAGCGGGGAAUGAUGGCGGUGGGCAAGAAGAAGGGACAACUUUGAUACCACACAACCGGGAUGUUUUAGGCGAUCUUUCGACGGUGCCUAACACGAUGGAGCAGCUACGAGAUGACUUCACUGUGUUUGUUUAGCUGAAUUGCUCCAAAGAAGCUCCGCCGGACCCAUGGCACCGUUUGCGUAAAGUACAGGGGAUAAAGUUCAACAACAGACAACCAGCAACCUUUCCGUAACCGGCUUUUUUAACCAGGGCUGAAGUCAAAAACCAGGCGAAAAUGAUCAAAACGGAGAGUAAAGGGAGCGAGAGGACCCUGAGGAGCGCGUCCCCUCAUAGAAACGCAUAUAAGUCGGACUUCCACGCCAUUAAAUGUUCCUUUGAUGGUCCGAAAUCUGAGGGCGCCAGCAAAUCAUAUGCAAAUGGCUCCAGUGACACCCGGGAGGACUCGAGGGGUAGGCCAUUUGGGACUCGGGUGAACAAGAUAAAGAACAUAUUCCUGCAAAUGGAUGGUCAGCAACAGGAGACCCAGGAUGCAAAAGUGACUUUGAAGACGGAAGUUUCCCCACCAAAGCCACAAUUUCCAGUCAACACACACAGAAUGAACUUCAACAGUCCUACAAGCCCAGAAUCACUUAAUUUAGAUAAAACACCCAAGGGGGAAGAUGUUGAGAUAGAUAAAGUGGCUUUGGCAGAGAAGUUCUCUGUGACCAGAAAACUCUUUGAAAGGGGCAUCAAAGAGCAGCCUGCAAUUGAGAAGCCGUCACCAAACAGAGUAGUGAGUCGUUUGUCUCUUGGUAGUGCGUCUGAUGAAGGGAAGAGCACAAGGAGAGUGUCAGGAUCAUUUGAGACAACCACAAAACCAGAGCAAACUGCUACACCAACAGCCAAAUGUUGGCAAGAUGAGAAUGCUGACAGUGACAAAAGGCAUGUGUCCAGGGUGUCACUGAAUGCAGGACCUAUCUCCAAGAGGUUGGAAAAUUAUAUGGCAGAGAAUGACUCAGAAGACAACAGCACAGCUGUUGCCAAAGGGGGAGUGAUAUCUGCUAAAUACAGUACCACUGAAACUUUACUGCCUACCUCCCCAACAAGGGACAGCUUACAUAAACCGAUUCCCCCUGUUAAAGAAGCCACUAAUUCUACACCUGUAACAUAUGCCACUAGCAAAAACGCAAAUCAUACAGCAUCAGUCUCAAGUGUUGCACUCAAAUCAACAUUUCCAUCCACUAAUGCAGCUUACAAAUCAGUUUCUCCACCGGGCGAAGCCACUCACAAACCCCUCUUACCAGAACAAAUGACUCCAAUAAGCGGUGGCUACAAGCGUUCCUCAUCAUCUGGUGAUGGCUUUGGUAGGACAUCUGUGGGUGGGGAUGAUGGCAAGCCACAUAGUCCUCCCCCAAGGGACGUGCAGCAGCCUCAACCAUUAGCUGGGGGAAUUCAGAGCACCAACAGGGCCAGAUACUCUGAAAAAGCCAAGAGUAGUGACAAUGUGGUGCAAAGUCCCAUCAGGGAUAAGUCCCCCGGCCAGACCUCAUCAUUGGAUUCCAGGGGGGUGGGAAUGGUGCGAGCAGAACUAGUUGUAGUUCAGAAUGAGUCGUCAGAGAGUGAUGAGAAUGAAGACGGGGAUGUUAGAGAUAAUGUUUUCGAAGAGCAGAAGGUGCAAAGCUCAACAGACUUGAAAAGAACCUUUUCACCUGAAAAGCAGAACUGUAACCCUGCCCAUCAUAUCAUAGCAAGAGAUGUCACAAAAGAGAAGCAAAGUGUAGCAGAGACACGUAGAGUCUCAGAGGGCAGUGAGCAACUUGGACUAAAGGAAGAAAGUCAGCAAGAUGAUGUAGAAAAUCAAGAGGAAGAUGAUGAGGUGGCAGAGGAAGAGAGUGAGCUGGAGGAGCAGGUAGACCAGAGCAUCCUGGAUAGAGCCUCUCCAGUCAUAUAUGGAAUAGAGAACGCAGCAUUUGUGGAUGACAGGGAUGUAGACCAGGUCCUCAGGGAAGAGGAGGAUGAAGAAGAUGAAGAUGAGGAGGAGGAUCAAAUGUAUAGGGAGUAUGAUGACUGUUAUGAGGCCCCUGGUUUGUCAGAUGAGGAGGAGCCUCCCCAAAAGAGGAAAAUACAGUUCUCUACUGACCCUAUACUGGUUUUCAGCACCUUCUCCAAUGAGGAAUAUGAUCGACGCAAUGAUGAUGUGGAUCCAGUCGCUGCAUCUGCCGAGUAUGAGCUGGAGAAGAGAGUAGAGAAGAUGGAUGUGUUUCCUGUUGAGAUAGAAAAAGGAGACAAUGGCCUCGGUAUCAGUAUCAUAGGAAUGGGAGUCGGAGCUGAUCAGGGUCUAGAGAAACUUGGCAUCUUUGUGAAAACCAUAACAGAGCAAGGAGCAGCUGAGAAAGAUGGACGUAUACAGGUAAAUGAUCAGAUUGUGGAGGUGGAUGGAAUCAGUCUGGUGGGAGUCACCCAACUAUUUGCUGCUACAGUCCUGAAGAACACCAAAGGCACUGUGAGGUUUCUAAUUGGUCGAGAGAAGCCAGGGACACAGAGCGAGGUAGCACGCCUCAUCAGCGAGACCCUCGAGCAGGAGAAAAACCACCAGCAGCAGCAGCAACAGCAGCACCUGGACGACCUGUACGAGCACUCUACAGAGGAGGAGGAGCGUUAUGAAGAGGAUUCCAUGGAUGAGAGGAUUCUAGGCUCCAAUUUCUCUCCAGGGCGGAACGUAGAGGUGUUUGAGCUGCCUGAUUCAGAGGCCUUGUUUCUGCCAACCAACAUGGACAGCUCUCAGAUGGCCUUCAAGUUCAAAGAGCUGCAGCUCAAACAUAGCAUUGCAGCAGCUGAAAUAAAUCAGCUUAAGGAAAAGCUAAGGGCAUCUGAAGAGGACAAGUCAUUAUUUGAGGCCAGAGAAACUGCACUGGAGCAAAAGUUAGAGGAUAGCAACGACAAGAUCCUGAAGUUGGAGAGUUACUGGCUUGAAGCUCAGGCUCUGUGCAAGAAUGUUAACGAACAGUUAGCUGACACUCAGGCCCAGUAUGAGACUCUGGACAAGAAGUACAACAAGGCCAAGAAAUUACUGAAGGACUACCAGCAGAAAGAAAUAGACUUUGUAAAGAGAGAAGAGGACCUGAAAAAGAGUUUAGAAGAAAAAGACAAGUGGUACAAGGAGCAGCUGGAGAGUUUGCAGAACAGAAUAGCGGUCCUGGAGUCUAGAGGGGCCUCAAGUUUGGAGACUGCUCAGUACUCAGCAGCAGAGGAGGGACAAGGCAGCCAAGACCCAGUCAUCUCUAAUACACAGUCUGUUGACUCACUGCAAGAACAAGACUGGAAUGAGGUGGUGCCUGAGACUGAGCGCUUGGACACCAGUGCACACAGAGCAAAAGGCGUGCUGGCUCAGAAGGCAAAACGCCAGCCUCCAUCACGGAACAAACUGAAGGAGAGCCUCACAGUGGCCUUAAGUCACUCUCAGGAAACUGAAGAGGAGGAGGAGGAGGAACAGGAGGAGCCAGAAAUUCCGAGGAGAAGGAGGUCCAUCCAGGAGAGCCUGUCCCUGCCCGUGCCCAUCUGCUCAACUGGAAAUGAACAGAGAGAUGAUGCGGGGCAGAGUAGAGAUGUGUCCCGUAGUAAGGCAGAGCUCUCCAGCAGCCCGUCCUUGUCGCCAUCACAGGGAGACAGCAUUGAAAGCAGUGGAAGUCCCUCUUUGUCCCCACUAAAAGACCCCUUAUCACCACAGUCUCCAUCUGGAUUCAUGCGCAACGCCAAGAAGAGGGAGUCCAAAGGCAAGACCAAAGAGCCUAAAGAGGAAUUAAAUGAGCCAUUAUCAGCAGGAAAACCCAAAAGACGGUUUCCUGACUUUGGUGGCCUUCGGAAGUCGGGAGGAAAAGGGAAGAAACAUGAUAAGGAGGCAAUGAGAGCGUCUUUGGACAGCAGGGGGUCAGCGGAACUACUGGAGGAAUCUGGAGGAAACCUGUCUCCUGCCGAAUCAAUGACGUCCAUCCCUACCUGUAUGCCCUUCUCUUGGUUUGGAGACAAAGACCGGGACAGAGACAGGGAGCCCUCAUCUUCAAGCAGCAGCCUGCCUUAUGCUGCAACGGAGACCAGCAGCGAGCAAAGCCAGGACCGCAAAAAUAAGAGUUUUUCAGUCAUAGAUGAUUCUAACCCUGCCAGCCCCAGUUCAGACAUCUCUGGGUUAGUCGCUGAACCCAGUCUGUCUGGGCGCUCACACACUUUAAUCUUCUCUUCCAGUGAGACCUUGGAUGAUGAACCCGUCGCCACAGGAAAAGAGUAUCAGUGGCAGAACAGACCUGUGUCUGAAUGGACCAAUCAGCAGGUCUGUCACUGGCUGAUGGGCCUGAACAUGGACCAGUACACACCAGAGUUCACAGCCAAGGGGGUGGACGGCCAGCAGCUCCUGUACUUAGACAGUGACAAGUUAAAGGCUCUGGGUGUGUCAAGUCAGAGCGACCGGUCAACGAUCAAGAAGAAGCUGAAGGACAUGCGUAAAGCCCAGGAGAAGCUGGAAAAACAGCGGGAGAAAAGGGAGAAAGAGGUUCGGCGCAGUGGGAGGCUGCCAGUCAGCACCGACUCUGUGUGCUGAGGUCACGACUCUGCCUUCACAGCUCAUGUCGGUCACGAAUUUUACAACCAAGAAAAACACACAGCAACUGUUUUUGUCACAGCCGGUGCCAUGCUGUUUACACAGUGUUAAUGUUCACAUCCACGGAACAUGACUUCAGAGCUUCCUGUUUGUUUCCACCUCUUUUUUCAUUUCCAUUUUCUCUUCAAUAUUUUAACAAACUGUAACUGCAACAUUUUUAAUGGGUCUAGAAUGUCAAAAACACGAAAGCUGAAUUUGUGAUAAAAAAGUCGUUCCAGCUUUCAUUCUCCUUUUUUUUUUUUUUUUAAACCACUAUAAAGCUACAAGCUAUAAUUGUAAAAGUCUGUUUUCAGAUAUAAUGUAGUUGUUGCAGAUCAUGCACACACUUAAUUAUGGAAGUCAAAUAUAUUCUGCCUUUAACAUUUGAUAUUUUUGCCAGUAUAACUCGCGUGUUUCCUUGUACAAGUCUUUAUUGUACAGUUCAGAUAAAAGCACUAUAUUUGUCUUUUAAGCUUCAAUGGGUGACAAGGUUUUAAGUGUAUAAGUAAGUUUUAUACAUGUGCCUAUAACUGCAUUACUUUUUUACUUAAAUGCCAUUGUUUGUUUUCUACUAUCAAACAUUUUUCUACUAAGUAGAAUAGCAGGGCCGUUAUAUUUACUGAAUGAAGAGCAACAAAUCAAGUAGGGACAAAGUGAAUGCUGCUUCUGUGUCUGACUCUGGCUGCGUUUCGCUGAAAUGGUACCGUGAUGUUCCGUGUGUCCACGCCAUCGCCACGGUUCCAUUCAACGGCGACGCGUGCACAAGACAAGGACUUGUGUGAGUUGGAGCACGGUCUUGUGUAUGAAUGUGAGGCUGAACAAAAGAUGAUUCCUCUGAACUCAGUGUGCUGUACAGAAUACGACAAAAUGGACUGCAACGAUAUGAUUCAUGUUUUCCAUGUCUUCUGAAUCAAAAGAAACAUUUCUUGGUACAUCAUCAAUAAACUAAUUUCUGUUUCAUGUUGUGUAUUU